AUGUACAACUCCAGAAAUGGCUAUUCUUCUUCCUCUGUUCCGAAUCAACCUGGUAGGUAUGAGUCGGCUACACGAUCCUCGGGUUGGCGAGUUCCUGCUUUCUCUUCACGGAACGCUUGGUCCACGAGUGAUACAAUAGUUAAUAGGCGUUUGCUCGAUGAUGAUCCUCCAGCCGCGUACUCAAGAACAUCGAUGUCAUCAGUCAUAGACUCAUAUACUCCGCAUCAGAUUCCGAUCAGGAACACCAACAACCUGAGGAGGCAACACCUCGAGGCACUAAGGCAAGCGGUUCACAACCAACCGGCUAGACCCGAGAACAACUCAAGAUCAGCAUCAACACAAGCCGGAGAAGAAGACCAAAUCCUAAAACAUCUAACAAAGGACACAUAUAAUCCAGCACCGAAAAGCCUACUUCUCAGAAACCUAAGCUUAUACUACAGAAACAAAACCACGGGAGGCGGAAACUCAAGAAACGCUCGAGGUCUCUCCCAUGGAGAUGAAGAAGAUGAGAAGAGAUGCAGUGUGUGUUUAGAAGACUUUGAGCCCAAGGAAACAGUGAUGCUCACUCCUUGUAAACAUAUGUUUCAUGAGGAAUGCAUCGUUCCGUGGUUAAAGAGCAAAGGACAGUGUCCUCUCUGUAGAUUCGUCAUACUCAAACCGGAAAAACGGGAUUCUUCUCCGGCUAUUAGCUCAGAUCUCGCCGGAGAGAUGACAGUGAACGAUCUCUUCACAUUAGAGCUAAUCUCUGUGGUACGAGCAAUGGAGGAAACUUUCCUUUUUGGUUAUCCUCGUCGCAUGUAG